AUGGUCGCCGCUCCAUCCCGCCCGUUCGAGUACCUCGAAAGCCUUCCCGGCACAGUCUUCUUCAAGCUCUACCAACAGCCAUCCACAGCUCUUGCUAUCUUCCGGCGCAUGCUACCUGACCUGGCAAAAUGCUUCGUCAUGGCUCUUCUAUACUUGAAAGACCCUCUUCCCGCGGCAGAUCUGGAGAUUUGGGUCAAACCUGAGAGCUUAAAAGAACGUGACAGUGCGCUAUCGAUUCUAGGAAGGCUGCAUAUUCUCUCAAACACAACAACCACGGAGAAUGUCCGUGCCUACAUGGUCACCAACCCGUUUGCCGCGUCUCUCCGCCAAGCUCUCACCGGUGCCGAGCAAAUACAGUCUUUCGGGGUUCUUUCUCAAAUACCUAAUGAACAGGGCGUAUCCGUCGCUGAUCUCGAUGAGUAUGCGCGGCGACAAUGGGAAGGAGUUUUGGGAUACAUGGUUGGAACAAGCGGCCUCGGGAUCCAACGAGAUGUGAAUCUGAGCAAAGGCGUGAAAGAGCUUCUGCAAGCUGGCCAUCUAGUUGAAAUCAGGGACCGGCGUGUUGAGAUCACCAAGGACGGAUUCGCAUUUGUCCUGCAAGAUGUUGGCACGCAAGUUUGGCAUAUUUUAAUUCUAUAUGUGGACAGCGCUGGCGCCAUCGGAAUGGAUAGUGUGGAAGUCCUCUCUUUCAUCUUCCUUUUAAGCAGCCUGGAACUUGGAAAAUCUUACGAGAGGAAACACUUGACUUCAAAUCAACUCCGCACCUUGACCGACCUCGCCGACUUUGGAAUCGUGUACCAGGACUCUCCCGAAGCAGAACAUUUCUAUCCUACCCGUCUCGCUACUACCCUGACCUCCGAUUCGAGUGCUCUCAGCAAUCCCAUCUCAGGCUCUCUUUCUGGGUCUACGGAUGGGGACUCUAAUAAGCCCAGCUCUGGCUUUAUCAUCAUUGAAACAAACUACCGACUUUACGCCUAUACCUCCUCGCCACUACAGAUAUCUCUUAUUGCACUUUUCACGUCACUAAAAUAUCGCUUCCCUAACUUAAUCACUGGCAAAAUCACUCGCCAGUCUGUACGCAGAGCUAUUGAAAUGGGUAUCACGGCGGACCAAAUCAUCUCGUACCUAGCCACACAUGCACACCCGCAGAUGCGCAAACAUAAUGCCUCCAGGUCGACCUCCAAUCAGGCUGGCAUGCCGCCCUCAGUCCUCCCCCCGACAGUUGUUGACCAAAUUCGUCUUUGGCAACUAGAACGAGACCGUGUGAAAGCUACUCCGGGGUUUUUGUUCAAGGAUUUUGUCAGCCUGGCCGAAUACGAAGCGCCCUGCCGCUAUGCCGAGGAAAUCGGGGUUCUGGUUUGGAAAUCAGAUCGUAAGAGGAUGUUCUUUGUGACCAGACACGAGCAAGUCGCGGCCUUUCUACGAAACCGGAGGUGAGACGCUUAACAUAUUCGAUCGAUUUUUGAUAUAAAAUAGUUGAUACCACGUGCUUUAUACUAUGCAUGGCUGAGGGCUGGCGUUUGGGCGGUUUGUUUUUUUGGUUUUUUUUUUUUUUGGGAAAAUUUAUGAGGCAAUGAUUUUUGGAACCUGUCUGUUGGAUAGCUGAAUCCUUUAUCAGAGAGGGAAAAAAAAGAUGAAUAACUUGGAACACACAUCCACUGGCUAGACUGCACACAUUCGAUCAACUACCCAUAGUCACCAAACUCCUAGAAACUACCUAAUUUCUUCGACAAUAACGAAAAAAAAGAGAGAACCAUGCCUUGUCGCUAAUCACGCAAAGAAAGACACAGCCUUAGAACUCGAACAGAGCCUUC